AUGAGUGCUCUACUGUCCGAGUCUGACCUAAACGAUUUUAUCAGUCCCGCCCUUGCGUGCGUCAAACCUACCCAGGUGAGCGGGGGCAAGAAGGAUAACGUUAACAUGAACGGAGAAUACGAGGUGAGCACGGAACCAGACCAACUGGAGAAGGUCUCUAUUACCCUAUCAGACUGCCUCGCGUGUUCUGGUUGUAUAACGUCUAGUGAAGAAAUCUUGUUGAGUAGCCAAAGUCACUCGGUUUUCCUGAAAAACUGGGGGAAGCUUUCGCAGCAGCAAGACAAAUUCCUCGUUGUGAGUGUCUCGCCACAAUGCAGACUAUCUCUUGCGCAGUACUACGGCUUAACAUUGGAGGCGGCCGAUUUGUGUUUGAUGAAUUUUUUCCAAAAGCAUUUCCAGUGCAAGUAUAUGGUUGGAACGGAGAUGGGCAGAAUCAUAUCGAUUAGCAAAACCGUAGAGAAGAUCAUUGCGCAUAAGAAACAAAAAGAAAAUACCGGUGCGGACCGCAAGCCUCUAUUAUCUGCUGUGUGUCCGGGAUUUCUUAUAUACACGGAAAAGACCAAACCGCAGUUGGUGCCUAUGCUGCUCAAUGUCAAGUCGCCUCAGCAAAUUACGGGCUCGUUGAUCAGAGCUACGUUCGAGAGUCUCGCUAUCGCGCGUGAGUCCUUUUACCAUCUGUCGCUGAUGCCAUGUUUUGACAAGAAACUAGAAGCGUCAAGGCCAGAAUCGCUUGACGAUGGGAUUGACUGUGUCAUUACGCCACGUGAAAUAGUGACAAUGUUACAAGAGUUGAAUUUAGACUUCAAGUCGUUUCUUACUGAGGACACAAGUUUAUAUGGGCGGCUAUCACCGCCGGGAUGGGACCCGCGAGUCCACUGGGCGUCGAAUCUGGGAGGCACUUGUGGUGGCUAUGCCUACCAGUACGUAACGGCUGUCCAACGACUACACCCAGGAAGUCAGAUGAUAGUUCUGGAGGGUAGAAACAGCGACAUUGUCGAGUACCGAUUGCUGCACGAUGAUCGCAUAAUAGCCGCCGCCAGCGAGCUUUCCGGGUUUAGAAACAUCCAAAAUCUGGUGCGUAAACUGACCUCGGGCUCCGGGUCAGAGCGCAAGAGGAACAUCACCGCUCUGCGGAAGAGACGAACAGGUCCAAAGGCGAACUCACGCGAGAUGGCGGCCGCCACGGCCGCCACGGCCGAUCCCUACCACUCGGACUACAUCGAGGUAAACGCGUGUCCGGGUGCAUGCAUGAACGGUGGUGGCCUACUCAAUGGCGAGCAAAACAGUCUCAAGCGGAAGCAGUUGGUUCAGACACUGAAUAAGCGUCACGGAGAGGAGCUAGCAAUGGUAGAUCCUCUAACCCUGGGACCCAAGCUAGAAGAGGCGGCAGCCCGCCCGCUUUCGCUAGAGUACGUCUUCGCGCCCGUCAAGCAGGCCGUCGAAAAGGAUCUCGUCUCUGUUGGGAGCACCUGGUAA